GCCGAGCGCGAGGCCGAGAAGCCGAAGCCGCGCGCCGAGGAGGCCAAGGAGAAGGCGGCCAAGGCCGAGGCGGCCGCCGAGGAGGGCCCGCCCAGAUACACCAAGUCCGUCCUGAAGAAGGGCGACAAGACCAACUUCCCCAAGAAGGGGGACACUGUCCACUGCUGGUACACGGGGAAGCUGCAGGACGGGACCGUCUUCGAUACCAACGUGCAAACGGGUUCCAAGAAGAAGAAAGCAGCCAAGCCUUUAAGUUUCAAAGUUGGCAUAGGAAAAGUUAUCAGAGGGUGGGAUGAAGCUCUCUUGACGAUGAGUAAAGGAGAGAAAGCUCAGCUGGAAAUAGAACCUGAAUGGGCUUAUGGCAAGAAAGGGCAGCCUGAYGCUAAGAUACCGCCAAAUGCCAAACUUUUCUUUGAAGUGGAAUUGGUGGAUAUUGAGUGAAAUGAAGAUUUUCUCUGCUGCUGGGAAUCCUUUAUGAGCAAGAAAGUAAAACUGGCAGCUACCAAGUGAAAUGAAGACUUUUCUUUGCUGCUGGGAAUCCAUUAUGAGCAAGAAAGCUUCCAACAACUGCAGUUUUGCUCUUGUAACUUCAGGAUAUAGUUACAACUGUGGCCUUGUAUUGAAAUCAAGUGU